AUGGCAGAAUCGCUAGGAGUAAUGGUUUUAUCUGCAAGAAUGGCUUGUCAGAAGGAUAUCCAUAUUCCUGUAGGUGUUCAGAAGCGAAAGUGGACUAAGAGGAAAAAUACUAAGAAUGCGAAGAUAGAGGUAAGAAAGGUUGUCAAACCGAAAUUUACCAAAAGGAAACUAGUGGAUGUUAUGAUAACAGAAGGACCCAUUGAAGUCUAUGAAGCAGGUGAUAAGAAAAGAAAACAAUUGGUCACUGAGAUUGAAGGUCACACAAAGCAACCAGAGGUGGUGUUGGAGGACCAACACUGCCUAUCCCAAUAA